AUGUUAAAAAUUAUUUUUCCCUCUAUCAUACUACUCCCACUCACCUGAUUAUCAAACAAAAAAAACCUAUGAAUCAAUGUUACCUCCUACAGCUUUAUAAUCAGCUUGACUUCAGCUAUGUUUUUAUGACAAAACGACAUAAAUAAUCUAAACUUCUCGCUACUAUUCUCAACUGACUCCCUAUCCUCCCCUCUUAUUAUUUUAACAACAUGACUUCUACCACUCAUACUGCUAGCCAGCCAAAACCACAUAAAAAAGGAAACAGAGUUAAACAAAAAAACAUACAUUUCAAUACUAGUCUUACUACAAAUUCUUCUAAUCAUAACAUUUUCUGCAAACGAACUAAUUAUAUUUUACAUCUUAUUUGAAGCCACCCUAAUCCCCACCCUUAUUAUCAUCACCCGAUGAGGUAACCAAACAGAACGACUAAAUGCAGGACUCUACUUUCUAUUUUAUACCCUAAUUGGAUCAAUCCCACUACUAAUCGCCCUUAUCCACAUUCAAAAUAUAAAAGGAACAUUAAACUUCAUACUAUUCCCACUCACCUUCACACCCCUAGACCAAACAUGGUCCAAUAAUAUUCUAUGAUUAGCAUGUAUAAUAGCAUUUAUAAUUAAAAUACCACUAUACGGAGUCCACUUAUGACUUCCUAAAGCACACGUAGAGGCCCCUAUUGCAGGAUCUAUAAUCCUAGCAGCUAUUCUACUAAAGCUCGGAGGGUAUGGUAUAAUACGAAUUGCUAUAAUCUUAGACCCAGUAACCAAAACCAUAGCCUACCCAUUCAUCCUCCUAUCACUAUGAGGAAUAAUUAUAACUAGUUCUAUUUGCUUACGACAGACAGACUUAAAAUCUCUAAUCGCCUACUCUUCAGUAAGCCAUAUAGCACUAGUUAUUGCAGCCAUCAUAAUCCAAACACCAUGAAGCUUUAUAGGAGCCACAACACUAAUAAUUGCCCAUGGCCUAACAUCGUCCUUAUUAUUCUGCCUAGCGAAUACUAAUUAUGAACGUAUUCAUAGCCGAACAAUAAUUAUAACUCGAGGACUACAAACUAUUUUUCCAUUAAUAACCACCCUAUGAGUACUAGCAAGCUUAGCAAACCUAGCUCUGCCACCAUCUAUCAACCUAAUUGGAGAGCUAUUAAUCACAGUAUCCCUAUUCUCCUGAUCCUACCCAACAAUUCUACUUCUAGGCGGCAAUAUCUUAAUUACCUCGCUUUACUCAAUAUAUAUAAUUAUCACUACACAGCGAGGGAAGCUUACAAGCCAUAUAAUUAACCUACAACCAUCACACACACGAGAAUUUACCCUAAUGAUACUACAUAUUACACCCCUAAUUCUAUUAACUAUUAACCCUAAAUUAAUUAUAGGGCCAACAAUAU